AUGGAUAAGGCUUGGAUGCUUAUCGAAGAUAGAUUGCAUUCCAAUGAAUAUGGUGAAGGUGUUAGACAAUUCCUGGCUAUGGCUCAAGCCCACACACCUGGAUCUGAUCACAUUAGGUGUCCAUGUAGGAUAUGCCGAAAUAGAGCUUUCCACUCUUUUCUGACGGUCGAAGAUCAUUUGUUCAUCAUAGGGAUUGAUCCAACUUAUACGGAAUGGAUAUUCUAUGGAGAAGAUGAUUCGUUCCUAGAUCCUACAUUUUCUGAUGAUGAAGGUGACAAUGCAUCAGCUUACAAUGACUACAUUGAUGAUUUCGACGAGAUAUUAGAUGACAUUCAUCAUGGGUCGUUUAUGGAUAAUUCAACUAGAAAUCGAGCACAUGCAAACACAAAUGAUCAACCAUCCACCUCUAAUACUCUGACAAACCUUGAUUUCGAGGAUUUGGUAGCCGACGCACGACGUCCACUUUAUCCUUCAUGUGCUAAGUUCUCAAAGCUAUCAUUUAUAGUCAAGUUGCUUCACAUCAAGAGCAUUGGUGGUUGGACCGUGAAGUCCUUUGACAUGGUUUUAAAGCUUCUGCAAGCUGCAUUUCCCCAUGCUCUAUUCCCUGACUCAUUUAAUGACGCUUGUCGCUUGGAGCAUGACUUGGGCUUUAGUUAUAAAAAGAUACAUGUGUGCCCAAAUGAUUGUGCCUUGUUUUGGAAGGAAAAUGCUGAGUACAAUGAAUGCCCUAAAUGUAAAGCAUCUAGGUGGAUUGUAAGUACAAGUAAGCAACAGAGAAUACCACAAAAAUUUCUCCGAUAUUUCCCCCUGAAGCCGCGCUUGCAGAGGCUAUUUAUGUCAAAGAAGACAGCCCAAACCAUGAGAUGGCAUGUAGGAGCACGUGUUGACGAUCUGACAUGCAUGCGUCAUCCAACCGAUUCUAAGGUAUGGAAAGACUUCGAUGAAAAACAUGGUUGGUUUUCCAAAGAUCCUCGCAAUGUUAAACUUGGUUUGGCGAGUGAUGGGUUUAACCCAUUCAAUAAAAUGAGCAAACCGUACAGCAUAUGGCCGAUUCUACUUGUGCCUUACAACUUGCCCCCUUGGUCAUGUAUGAAAGAUCCAUAUACCAUGUUGUCGUUGCUAAUCCCUGGCCCUAAGGCACCAGGAAAUGAUAUUGAUGUUUUCUUGCGCCCUCUUGUCGAUGAGUUGAGGGAGUUAUGGGAAGAGGGUAUUCAUAUCUAUGAUGCGUACAGUUGGCAAAUAUUUAGAUUGCAUGCAGCGUUGCUUUGGACUAUCAAUGACUUUCCCGCAUAUGCCAAUCUUUUUUGUUGGAGCACAAAGGGCAAGAUGGCAUGCCCUUCAUGUACAUCUGACACACAUUCACAAUGGUUGGUUUAUGGGCGCAAACAUUGCUAUAUGGGUCAUCGACAAUGGUUGGCCCUAGAUCACACUUGGAGACGGAAAAAAAAUACUUUUAAUGGGUACGAGGAGCACCGAGUCCAACCAUUAAGGGUCGAGGGAGAGGAAUUGAUUGAACAAUUACGUGGAUUGUCACAUUUCCAGUUUGACUUGGGUUUGAGACAUAACUUGGAUGUCAUGCAUAUUGAGAAAAAUAUAUGCGAUAACGUUUUGGGAACAUUGCUGAAUAUUGACGGAAAAACUAAGAACUCCGCCAAUGCGCACAGGGAUUUGGCUAAUCUUGGACUAAGGAAAGAAUUGCAUUUACAACGUGAUGGCGAUCGUAUUAGUAUGAGUUUUGCUUUCUACAUGUUAAAUUUGAAUGAGAGAAGGACGUUUUGUGCAUGGUUGUCAAAUGUGAAAUUCCCUGAUGGAUUUGCCUCGAACAUUGCUUGA